AUGCUAUUCCAGAAGCCUUUAUUUAAUAUAUUUGCAUUAAUACUACUCUGUCUCUCCAUAAAUUUUCAUGUUGCUAAAGCAGACCAGAAUCUGCUAACUACACAAACUAUUGUUACUACCGAUGCAGCUGGUGUGCAAAUAACACAAACCAAUGUAGUUAAUUUGGCGACUGCUUCUACCGUUGUUGUUACCACCGAUAUCAAUGCGAAUACCGUUACAUUGACUCUAGCUGUGACAGAUGCACGUUUUAAAACUGAAACUACCGUACCAUCUACUUCUUCAUCAUCAAUUGUCACUAUUAGUAGUAGCAGCACUUUAAAUACCUUAUUGACAACAACUUCCAAAUCCACUUCUAAAUUAUUAUCCAAUUCUUUAUCUAGCACAAGUUCACUUGCUACAGCAACAACUGCAACUUCAUCAUCGACUUCAUCAAUUACUAGCAGCAUAUCCUCUAUUUUAUCAGCUUCCAAUAGUGUGUCAUCAGUGGGUUCUUCUUCUGGAAGUAUCACCUCCUCGUCUAGUGGAACAACGUCAACUAGCAAAAAUACAAAUUUAAACCUGAGACCGGACCCAUCCACUGGUUUCACCAAACCACCCUUAUCCGCAGUCACUACACUAUCUGAAGACACCUAUGUCACCAUUACAGAAUCUUCAACCACCUAUACAACCACUAGGGGUAAGACUUCUAAUUUGUGGGUUACUAUUGUCACUUUUGGUCAAACAACCGUCAUCCAAACAACCUUUGCCCAAAGAUUUACCACACAAUACAGUGCUUUGUCAACUCCAUCAUCUGGAGCAAUAGGUUUAGGUACUUUAUCUGGUGAGGUUGGUAUUACUCAAACCGAUAGACAAAUCACUAUUACACCAUCUAAUGCCGCUGCUAUUAAUAAAGUAUUUAAUAACAACAACAAUGGGUUUGUUACAGGUAUUUCUUCAUUGCUUGGGUCUAUAAUUGCGUUAUUCAUGUUCGUUUUGUAG